AUGGCGACACCGAGGCUGCCGUUCCUGUAUCCGAAUUUGAUGCGUGCUGUGCGAUCAUGCGAACCGAGAACAUACCGCUCAAUUCGAAUCCCAUACCGGCCCAAUCAACGAUUUCAUACGAGCCAGCAACACCAGCGCGAUGCGUAUCAGCGGCGUUACGGCCCAGCCGUUGAACCGAAUACUUCUCCCUCAUUGCGUCCGAAGAAGGGUUCAAAUGACCAGGUUCAAGACGCGCCAGAGGAUCCAUCUGCUGGCGGUGAGGCUGUAAAUGCCUCCGAGUCGGAGGCAGCUUCGCCGGAAGAGUCACAGUCGGACACACAACCACAGGAUGCCGAGCAAAACACCGCAGAUACGGCUUCUUCGGCGACACCAGCCCUUGAUCAGCAAAUUGAGUCCGACACAAAGAAAGACAACCCCCCAACGGACCGGGAACCGCACGAGGAGAAGGGAACAAAUAUAGAUAGUGCCGAACAGGAACAGGCUCCGGCUUCUUCGCCCCCUCCUUCCGAAGGCCCAUCGGAAGAAAGUACAGAUACAUCCGCGUUCACAAGCCAAACUCCGUUCGAUCAUGUCCUCCACAUGCCCUCGCCGUCUGUUUACCUAUCCCCAACCGGGGAACCCUCGUCCGAUGAUCGCCCGCCGCAUUUGUCCCCAGCACCGUAUGUACACCAUUUCGACACAUAUUCAUUGGUGCAGGAUCUAUCGAAAGGAGGAUACAGCGAGGAACAGUCUACUACAAUCAUGAAGGCUGUGCGGGCUAUCCUACAGAACAACCUCUCCCUUGCCAGACAGACCCUCACUUCCAAAUCCGAUGUCGAGAAUGAGGAAUACCUCUUCAAAGCAGCAUGUUCUGAGCUUCAAUCGUCGCUUCAGACAGCUCGAAACUCGGAAAUACAGCAUCAGCGCUCAUCACGCACACAGUUGCAGCAUGAAACGGAUAUAAUUUCCCAGCGUCUCAGCCAGGAACUUGCAGGCAUGAAAGACGACAUCAAGGGCAUGUUCAAUGAUCACAAGAUGACCACCCGAGAGCAGCAGCGUAGCAUCGACACCUCAGUUCAGGAAUUGAACUAUAAGAUCACCGUAUCGCUGAACAGUGAUGGAAAGAGUGAGAUCGAAGGUCUCCGAUGGAUUUUGACCAGACGCGCUGCUCUGACAAUUGCUAUCUGUGCUUUCAUGAUUAUCGUCUUCUUGAAGUAUGCUUCCACGCGCAAGGAGCCUGAGCCUAAGAAAGCCAAGAAAAUGGAGCAUCCGGUCAUUACCAAAGAAACCACCCCUGAAACUCGAGUCGUCCAAGAUAGUGGCAUUCAAACGGACACUCCGUCUGCUGAAGCGCAUCUCGGCGAAUCCCUUGGUUGA